ACAAAAACAAAAGCCCCCACCACUAAAAUUCAGAGGGAGCUGAGAGAGAGAGAGAGAGAGAGAGAGAGAUUACGCCUAAUUAAAGGCUUCUUGAUUGAUUGGAUCUCCAAAACGUUUCAAUUUGGGAAUUUAAAUACCGGGUAAGUUUAAACAUGGAUGCAAAUGUUGCUUCAGCUGAGGAGCUUUUACCGGAGAAGAUUGAAAACAAAAACAAGGGAAGUCCUUCAUUUCAUUGUCAUCUAUCUGAUAAAGAAAUAGUUCACAAGAUAGCACAAGCGUUCCUUCCCGGAUUAGGUACCGCAUGUGUUGAUAACACGACAGGUGAUAUCUUCAAGACCCCUGGAACUGUGGCGGUUGAUAUUAGGACUGAAAUGGUGCAAUACCUUACCCAGAGAAGUGAAAGUUUUGUUGCGGAGUCUGUUAUACUAGAAGGCGAGGAGGGGGAAGCGUCUGAUCAUCCAUUUGAUAUCAUUUCUGAUUUCGUUGAUGACUUUGCUAGUUUGAAGAGGAAUUUGUUUAGUCGGGUUUCGGGAUGGUUGUUGAGUGACAAGAGAGAAGAUAAGAUAGAUGAUUUUGUACAAGAGAUGGAAAUAAGUGGGUUUUGGCCAACAGAAAGGAGAGAAGCCAUUGCACAAACUUUGCUGAAGAAUGUUGAUUUCAAGAACACGUUUCAUUGUGACAUGAAAUUUAGUACAAUGGAAGAACUCACCGAGCAUGUUCCCAACUGUGGCUUUAAGUCUAUGCUCUGUGAAAAUGAGGGUUGUAAUGCCAUAUUUUCUGCUAGCCAAUUGGAACAUCAUGAUUCAGUUUGCCCUUUCAAGAUAAUUCCAUGCGAACAAAAGUGCUCAGAUAGCCUCAUGAGACGAGCGAUGGACAGGCACUGCAUAACUGUGUGUCCAAUGAAGCUUGUCAACUGCCCUUUCUAUGCAGUGGGCUGUAAAACCCCUAUACCUCAAUGUAUGAUAGAGCACCAUCGUCAGGAGAACCUAAAUUUUCACUUGUUAUAUAUUCUUCAAAUUAUUCACAAGGAAGUAUCUGUGGGGGAUCUUGAAAAACGGAUAGAACAACUAAAACAGGCAUCCUUAGAUAGGUUCAUGAAAGCUCCAGAUAUCAGAUCUCUGACCUUUGCGAUCAAGAAUGUUGAGGCAACACUUGGGCCAUUGGAAAUUACUGUCGUGGAUAAGGUUGGUGAAGAAGGCAAAGAUGAUGAAAAAGGAGAAGUUAAUGAAGAAGAAAAAGUUAAUGGAGAAGGCAAAGCUAAGGAAGAAGACAAAGCUAGUGUUGGAGUCAAAGUUAACGAAGAAAGCAAGACUAAUGAGGAAGGAACAGUUAAUGAAACAGGCAAAGCUAAUGAAGUCGGCAGAGUUAACGAAGAAGGAAAAAUUAUUGGAGGCAGCAAAAUUGAGGAAGAAGGAAAAAUUAAUGAAGGCGGCAAGGCUGAUGAAGAAGUAACAGUUAAUGAAACAGGUGAAGUUAAUGAAGGAAAAUAUAAUGAAGUCAACAAAGCUAAGGAAAGUACAGUUAAUGAAGCGGGCAAAGCGAAAGAAGUAGGCAAAAUUGAUGAAGAAGGAAAAAUUAAUGAAGGCGGCAAAGCUAAGGAAGAAGGAAUAGUUAAUGAAACAGGCAAAGCUAAUGAAGUGAGCAAAGUUGGUGAAGAAGGUAGAAUUAAUGAAGGUGGAAAAGCUAAUGACGACUGCCAACUUCAGGAAGAAGACAAAAUUAAUGGAGGAAGCGAAGUUCACGAAGAAGGAAAACUUAAUGAAGGCAAAGUGAGUGAAAAAAGCAUAGAGUUAUUGAAUUGAAAAUCGACCAACAAUGGAAGGUAAAACCAAUUUUAGACCAUUUUUGAGCAAACUGUUUUCUUGGAUAAUAGAAAUUCUGUUACCAUGAAUAGAAUUUCCCACUUAUUUAUUUAAUUAUUUUUCAUUACUGUAAAAUUGUCUCAGUUGAUAGCUCUCGAUAUUAUAGCCCCUUAUGGUUCAAAACCUUGGGGCUAUCUUCUAUGCCUUAUACCAAUUUUUGACACUUACAUUCAUGAUGAGGACAGACUUUUGUAACUAAUUGUAUGAAGUUUUUUUGACGAUAUGUUGAAUUAAGUUUUUGACGAUGUAAUUGUAUAAUAUUAAACGGUUAUUCUU